GGCUUGUAUCCGAAUCUCUUAGCCUAGGGUUUUGAAUCUGAACUUUCUAUUCUACAUUUUAACCAAGCUUCUUUGGUUUAUUAAUCAAUUCAUUAUUAAAGAUCAUGAAAAUUGCAGUAGAAGCUUGUAUGCAGGGAGAAUUAGACAAUGUAUAUGCAACUCUAUUGCAUUUGGAGAAAGUUGAGAACACCAAAAUUGAUCUACUUAUCUGUUGUGGCGACUUUCAGGCUGUAAGAAAUGAGAAUGAUUUAGAGAGUUUAAAUGUCCAGCCGAAAUACAGAAGAAUGAAUUCGCUCUGGAAGUAUUAUUCAGGUCAAGAGGUUGCUCCAUUUCCUACUAUUUUUAUUGGUGGGAAUCAUGAAGCAUCGAAUUACUUGUGGAAAUUGUAUUAUGGAGGGUGGGCAGCGCCAAAUAUAUAUUUCUCGCGAUUUGCUGGGGUGAUUGAGUAUGGGAACAUAAGUAUUGGUGGACUCUCUGGAGUUUACAAUGCACAACACUACCAUUUAGGACACUAUAAGAGGCCUCCUUAUGACGAGUACGAUGUUUACAAGCUCAUGCAAGUUCAAUAACCUAUUGAUAUUUUUAUCUCGCAUUAUUGGCCUGUUGGUAUCACCAACCAGAGGAAUUGGAAGCAACUUGUUCAUUCCAAAGCUAAUUUUGAGCAAGAGAUGCAGGACAAUACCUUGGGAAGUAAAGCUGCUGCAGAUCUGCUAGAAAGAUUGAAGCCUCGUUACUGGUGUUCAGCUCAUCUUCAUAGCCAACUGGCAGCAUCUGUUCAGCAUGGGGAGAAUGGACCAGUCACAAAAUUUCUUGCACUUGAUAAAUGUUUACCAGAGCGUAAAUCUUUGCAGAUUCUGGAAACUGAAUCGGAGCAUGGGCCCUAUGAGAUUCACU